CUAAUUCACAAUUCACAAAUCUGAUUUUAUAUGCGUAACUCGCGAUUUCACGGAAACAAUUCUGGUUCUUUCCAGAAUAAUCGGUGGUGGUUAGUAGUCUUAUCGUUUCUAGCGAGUAUCCAGAGAGUGUGGAGUAAGUUUGUGUCAAUGGGUUGGGGAAACAUUUACAGAAGGAGGAUGAAAGUCUUCUCUGUAGCUAUAAUCAUCUACUUUGAUUACAAGGGUGUACAGCAGAGAGAGAAGUGGAUUAAGAAGUCUAAAGUUCCUGCUUUGUGGGAGAAAGCUCAUGAACGUAAUGCUAAGAGAGUGUUGAAUUUGAUUGUGGAGUUGGAAGGGUUGUGGGUGAAGAUGGGGCAGUAUUUAUCCACUCGUGCUGAUGUUCUUCCUCAGGCUUAUAUUUCUCUUCUCAAGCAGUUGCAAGAUUCACUUCCUCCUCGUCCUUUGCAGGAGGUUUGUGGAACCAUUGAAAGGGAACUUGGGCAUUCCAUGGAAGUUUUGUUCUCAGAUUUUUCUGACGAACCAUUGGCAACUGCUUCGAUAGCACAGGUUCAUCGUGCUACUCUAGCUAAUGGCCAGGAUGUGGUUGUUAAAGUUCAGCACAAUGGAAUUAGAGCGAUUAUUUUGGAGGACUUGAAGAAUGCAAAAUCCAUUGUUGACUGGAUAGCGUGGGCAGAACCACAGUACAAUUUUAACCCCAUGAUAGAUGAAUGGUGCAAGGAAGCUCCAAGAGAGCUAGACUUCAAUAUUGAAGCUGAAAAUACUAGAACCGUAUCCAGGAAUCUUGGGUGCAAGAAGACAAAUGAUGAAGUUGGAAGGGACAAUCGGGUUAAUGUCUUAAUUCCAGAUAUAAUCCAGUCGUCUGAGAGUGUGCUCAUUCUUGAGUACAUGGAUGGAAUUCGCUUGAAUGAUGUGGAAUCUCUAGAUGCUUUUGGUGUGGAUAAACAAAAGAUCGUUGAAGAGAUCACUCGUGCAUAUGCCCACCAGAUAUAUGUUGAUGGGUUUUUCAACGGCGACCCUCAUCCAGGAAAUUUUCUUGUUAGUAAGGAACCACCACAUCGCCCCAUUUUACUUGAUUUUGGGCUUACGAAGAAACUUUCACAUCCCUUCAAACAAGCACUAGCCAAGAUGUUUCUAGCAUCGGCAGAGGGAGAUCAAGUGGCGCUCUUGUCCGCCUUUGCAGAAAUGGGACUGAAGCUGCGUCUGGAUCUCCCAGAUCAAGCAAUGAGUGUGGCAAGUCUCUUCUUCCGGUCCUCAACUCCAUCAAAUGAAGCUCCGAAAACGCUGAAAUCCUUGAAUGAUCAAAGAACGCAAAAUAUGAAAGUGAUACAGGAAAAGAUGCAGCUCACCCCGAAAGAAGUUAAACGCUUCAAUCCGGUAGAUGCAUUUCCUGGCGAUAUUGUCAUUUUUGCAAGGGUCAUUAAUUUACUCAGAGGACUUUCAUCUACUAUGAACGUUAGUAUCGUUUAUCUGGACAUCAUGAGACCAUUUGCCGAAUCUGUUCUGUUGGGGAGUAUCAGUCGAGGACCAACAGUAGACUCGUCUUGGAUACAUGACUCGCCUGUCCACUCCGAUGUAGAGUCCAAACUGAGGAAGCUGCUCAUUGAGCUUGGGAGUAUCCAGAAAAUACUUGGAAUUCAGGUAUGUGCAUAUAAAGAUGGGAAAGUCAUUAUUGAUACUGCUGCUGGAGUACUUGGAAGAUAUGAUCCUCGUCCAGUUCAACCAGAUAGUUUAUUUCCUGUUUUCUCUGUCACAAAAGGGGUCACUGCCGGCAUGAUACAUUGGCUUGUCGACCAAAGAAAACUCCAGUUCGACCAGACUGUAGGAGAUAUAUGGCCAGGGUUUGGAUCAAAUGGAAAAGAGGGCAUAAAGGUCCAUCAUGUGCUUAACCAUACGUCUGGGCUGCACAAUGCCUUUGACCCUAUAGGAGAAAACCCUCUGCUUAUUUGUGAGUGGGAUGAAUGUUUGAAACGGAUUGCUAAUUCAUCACCUGAAACAGAGCCUGGCAGUCAGCAGUCUUAUCACUAUCUCACGUUUGGAUGGCUAUGUGGUGGAAUCCUUGAGUAUGCUUCUGGAAAGAAACUCCAGGAGAUCCUUGAAGAAUCCAUUAUAAAACCCCUAAAGAUUGAUGGAGAACUGUACAUUGGUAUUCCCCCAGGUGUUGAAUCUCGGCUUGCUACAUUGACGCUGGACACCGACGAACUAAGCAAGCUUCCGUCCAUUCCUAGUCAACCUGAGCUUCCUUCGACAUUUCAGCCUGUGAAGAUCUUGCAAAUUGCUAGCAGCUUGCCAGUCUUAUUUAACACAUUGAAUGUGCGUAGAGCCAUAAUCCCUGCCGCUAAUGGACAUUGCUCGGCUCGUGCACUGGCUCGGUACUAUGCAGCCUUAGCAGAUGGCGGUUUAGUGCCACCGCCACAUUCCUCUUCAUCCCAGCCACCACUUGGCAGCCACACACAUGUUCCAAAAUUCUCCUCGGUGAAUGACACAAUAAAAAAGAGGAAGGGUAAGGAGAUGGCAGAUAUAGAAAAGCUUAAACCAAAAGAUCAUAGAGAGAAGAGGCUCUAUGACGGCAGAGAGUCAAGUACUGAAAGUUUAGCCAGGCUAGUCAAUGACGCUAGCAGUUCUCAUGGCAAAACUGAGAUUAGUAGCAAUGUUCAUGAAGAUGAUAUUCGCAAUAUUUAUAGCAACUCAAGGAUUCAUGAUGCUUUUAUGGGUACUGGAGAUUACAGUGGCUUAGUACUACCUGAUGGAAAGUUUGGACUUGGUUUUAAGCGUGUCACUUCAGAAGAUGGGUCUCUAGUUGGUUUUGGACAUUCAGGGUUGGGAGGAUCAACAGGCUUCUGUGACAUCAAAAACAGAUUUUCCAUUGCAAUAACACUCAACAAGAUGUCUAUGGGAGGUGUUACGGCUAAUAUUAUCAGGCUGGUUUGCUCAGAGUUAAACAUCCCCUUGCCUAAGGACUUCUCCCUUUCAAAUGGUAUGGAACCUGUAAUCAACUAAGGGUUGCUUUUCUAUGUAAGUUUUGUCUGCUCAUUUACAACAAACAUAGUGGUUCCUUUGGAAUCUCCUCAGAUAUAGCAAAUAGACAUAGCUGGAAAGUAUAGUGUAAUGAUCAGUGGAAUGUAAUGUAUCGUCUUUAUACAUUUUAUACAUACACACCUAUAACCCAAUAUUCACAUUCUCUGGAGUAUAUGUUAUACACAAACCUGAUGUUUAUUGUUUUCGUUUUUCCAAGUUGAUGUAUAUGUAACAGGGAUCAAAGGAGAGA